AUGCGCUAUAUCCGCUGCUAUGCCUAUGCUCUCAUUCUCGUCUCCUUAGUUCUCUAUCUCAUUGGUCUGACCAUCACAGGAUUGGGAAUCUAUCUCCUCGUCUCGGGUUAUGUUAAUGAAGCUAAUGGCCAGUUGAGUUUUAUCGCCAUACCAUGCAUAGCAAUCACUAUUCUCGGAAUCAUUCCUGUUUUCCUCGCGAUAUGUGGUUGUUGGGGAGCUCUGCGGUACAACAGGUGCUGUCUGGGAAUGUACUUCACUUUCCUUCUCUUUGUCUUUGCAGCUGAAGUUGCAACUGGCAUUGCUGGAGUUGUUUUCAAGGAUGAGGUUCGAUCGUAUGUCCUUCAAUCUCUCAAAGUUGCAGUGGAUCAGUACCAACCCUCAGAGAGGCUUACAACUCUUGAUCUUUUCCAACUAACAUUCCAGUGCUGCGGUUACCAUGGUUCUUCGGAUUAUGGCACAAAGCCUAUUCCUAAAUCCUGCUGCGGUUACGGUGAUUGCGUUACUUCUGAUGUUCCUCUGGUCGGUUUGGUCUUCUCUAUGAUUCUCUGCUGCGCAGCAAAGGAUAGACCGGACAUGCAUUCCUACCAGCCCGUUACUAUCCAAUAA